AUGUCUGAAGAUCCUGCCAUGUCCGGAGAUCACCUCCUCAGCAAGCCAGAGAAGGUGCAGGUGGUGAGCCGGCUCCUGAAGCAAGUCCCACCAGGAGAGUUCAAGGAGGCCUUCAGUGACCUGCGCACGCUGGUGAAUGAUGACACCUUGAUGUGUGAAGAAGCCGCCAGUCUCUGUGCUGUGCACAACAAGGACCACUUUACUCCAGUCCAGUCAGAAGAAUGUGAGGUUUUGCUGACCCGUCACAAUGAGCUGGAGGAGAACCACUUCAUAGACCCUCAGAAGAAGAUCUCCUUCAAGUACGACCACCUGAGAAGGAUGCCAAGUGACUUCCAGGCUCACCCUGAAGAGGAUGAGAAAGGAGAGGUCUGGCGGAGAGCCCUCCAGGAGGCCCUGAAUGCCUAUGUGUGCAGCCACUACCCUGAGGGGCUUUGCAGUGUCUUCAUCAAGGAUACGGCUGUGAGGAAGAUCUUUGUGGCUUGCAUCGAGAGCCACCAUCACAAGCCCUCUGCCUUCUGGAAUGGGCUGUGGAAAUCAGAAUGGACCUUUGCCUUGGCUCCUGCGUCCACUUCCACCCAGGUGACUGGCACCAUCACGGUCCAAGCACACUAUUACGAGGAGGGCAGCAUGCACCUGACGCUCCUCAAGGACGUGGAGGAGACUCUGCCGGUCUCUGCCAGCGAGUCCCGGACAGCACAAGACUUUGCGAUGCUGGUAGCCAGACUGGAAAACGACAUCCAGCGUGGGCUGAUGGAAGAGUAUCGCCACAUGAAUGGCACCUACCUGAAGUCCUUCCGGAGGCAGUUGCCCAUCACACACACCAGCCUGGACUGGGAGAAGGUCGUGACAGUGAAGACGGUGGAAGCUCGCUCCAUCCAGUAA